GGAAGGGAGGGGCUGGGAGGGAAGGAAGGGAAGCGAGGAGGGCCAAAAAGCCUCCGCCUCGGCUGGUUGGAGAGGCUCUGCCGCACUGACAGGAAAGAGUCAAUAAGGGGAGAGACAGGCUCGGUGCUGGGAGGAAGAAGCAAGAGCAGCAGCAGCAGCGAUGGCGCGCCUGGUGGCAGUGUGCAGAGACGGGGAGGAAGAAUUCCCCUUCGAGCGGCGCCAGAUCCCCCUCUACAUAGACGACACCCUGACGAUGGUGAUGGAGUUUCCCGAUAAUGUGUUAAACCUCGAUGGACAUCACAGCAACGGAGCACAACUAAAGCAGUUCAUUCAGCGGCACAGCAUGCUGAAGCAGCAGGACUUGAACAUUGCCAUGAUGGUGACCUCUCGGGAAGUCCUGAGCGCACUUUCCCAGCUCGUCCCUUGUGUCGGCUGCCGUCGCAGCGUGGAGCGCCUUUUCUCUCAGCUGGUCGAGUCGGGGAAUCCCGCCCUGGAGCCCCUCACGGUCGGGUCGAAAGGCGUCCUCUCGGUCACCCCCAGCUGCAUGCGGGACGCCAAGAAGCUCUACACGCUCUUCUACGUGCAUGGGUCCAAAUUAAAUGACAUGAUAGAUGCAAUUCCCAAAAGUAAGAAGAACAAGCGAUGCCAGUUGCACUCCUUGGACACCCACAAACCCAAACCAUUGGGGGGUUGCUGGAUGGAUGUGUGGGAACUCAUGUCCCAGGAGUGCCGGGACGAAGUAGUCUUAAUUGAUUCCAGUUGCCUGUUAGAGACGUUAGAGACAUAUCUGCGAAAACACAGGUUUUGCACUGACUGCAAGAACAAAGUCUUGCGGGCCUACACCAUCCUGAUCGGGGAGCUGGACUGCAACAAGGAGAAGGGCUACUGUGCCGCGCUGUACGAGGGCCUGCGCUGCUGCCCCCAUGAGCGACACAUCCACGUCUGCUGCGAGACCGACUUCAUUGCCCACCUCCUUGGCCGAGCUGAGCCCGAGUUCGCAGGAGGGUAUGAGCGACGAGAGAGACAUGCCAAGACAAUCGACAUUGCCCAAGAGGAGGUCCUCACCUGCUUGGGCAUCCACCUUUACGAGCGGCUGCACCGCAUCUGGCAGAAGCUCCGGGCCGAGGAGCAGACGUGGCAGAUGCUCUUCUACCUUGGCGUGGAUGCCCUCCGUAAAAGCUUUGAGAUGGCGGUGGAGCGAGUGCAGGGCAUCAGCCGCCUGGAGCAGCUCUGCGAGGAGUUCUCCGAAGAGGAGCGAGUGCGGGAGCUGAAGCAGGAGAAGAAGAGGCAGAAGCGCAAGAACCGGCGGAAAAAUAAGUGCGCCUGCGAGAUCCCGGCCCCCUUGCAAGCGGCGGAAGAUAAGGAGGGGAGUCCGGAGAAGGAAAAUUACUUGGAAAGUGGCUGCAAAGCCUGUGGCAGCACGGAAGACAGAGGCACCUGCGUUGAAGUGAUCGUCACCAACGAGAGCACCUCCUGUACUUGUCCUGCCGGCGGCACUUUACUGGGAUCUCCCAAAAUAAAGAAAGGUUUAUCUGCACAUUGUAAUGGGAGCGACUGUGGCUAUUCCUCCAGCAUGGAGGGCAGCGAAACCGGAUCGCGAGAGGGCUCCGAUGUGGCUUGCACUGAAGGCAUUUGCAACCAUGAUGAAAACGGCGACGAUCCGUGCCUCCAUCGCUGCGAUGACAAGGAAGAGGACGGGGACAGUUGCGUAGAGUGCUGGGCAAACUCUGAAGACCACAACCUGAAGGGCAAAAACAAGAAGAAGAAAAAGAAAAACAAGAAGUGCGAGGCUGAGCAUAUCCAAAAGCUGGGGAACUACGCUGUGGAGGCCAGCAGCCCUCACGAGAACUCAGGGACGGCCGCGCACACAGACUUCCACCGGGACAAGACCAAAGACCCGCGGGCCGAAACGUGCUGUCGCUCAGAGAAGGCCGGGCAGCCAGUGCCUUGGACAGAGCACAGGAAGACGGUGCUGCUCUGCGCAGAGCCUCCCGAGGCGGCCUCCGCUCCUGAUGCUGGGAAGGGCGCUAAGAGUUUGGUAGAACUCCUUGACGAAUCUGAAUGCACUUCCGACGAAGAACUCUUCAUCUCUCAAGACGAGAUCCAGUCCUUCAUGGCGAACAACAAGUCUUUCUACAGCAAUAGAGAACAAUACCGACAGCACCUGAAAGAAAAGUUUAACAAAUACUGCCGCUUGAACGACCACAAGGGCCCGGUUUGUAGCGGCUGGCUGACCACCGCCGGCGCAAACUAAAGCCAAUAAAACUAGCUCUGUCUGUCAAUGAAAAAUUUCGAAACGAGUAUCGCGCCUUUUCUCUCUUAAGAUGAAAUCUUUUCUUUAGUGACUAAAACAAGAUCUUCUGUUUCAGAAAAAUCAAUGUGUCUGGGUUUCCCCCCCUUUCUUUGUUUCCCCUUUUUCCCCGAUACAGAAGGUUGGUAGAAGGCAAACCCAUUAAUUUUUUGGCUUCUCCCCCCCAUGCCCCCCGCCCGCCCCCCAGGCUCGGAUCUUGAGUAAUUUCCUCUUCCUUCUUCUUUUUUACUAGAUCGAAGCAAAUCUAGACCUUCCUAAUUUAAGCCAUCUCUCUGUUUCUCUCCUUUUCAUUCAAUGUUUCUCUUAACUGUGACACUUAACAGAGAAAGACAAAAAUACGCAACUUAGUGGCAAAAAAAAAGUAAUGUUGUACUUAUAAUUCUGUACAGAAAAAAAAAUGACAAUGAGUUCAAAUAUAAAGAUUUUACAAAGUAGACAUCCAUUUGCAAAGAGAAAUUGUUCUGGAUGUAAUAUGUUGAAGCGCAAUGUGCAAAAUUUAAAAAUAAAGAAUAUUUAUUAAUAUGCAUAAUAAACCGAAAGAGAAGCGUG